UGUCGUUUCCUUUCUCAAGUUGUCGUAUGUCGUUUUAGCGGCGAGAAGAAAUGCUAUCUGUCUCAUCCCACGGCUGAUUGCACUGUGCGGUUUGAGUUUGACUUCGACAGCACUGAAUCUGGGAUUCGUUAGUCCUCAGUGUGUUUCACCGUCUCCAGCUUCAGCACCUAUGACUCGAGUGCCUCAGGCCCUUCUCCUUCUUCUGCUCUGUACCAGUCUCGCUUUAUCGGCUCCUCCAGUGGCAGCUUCUCCGGCGGAUCACCGGUACAAUGUUCUCGAUCCCAUCCCUUUGUUUGUCAAUAAAGUGGGUCCCCUUAACAAUCCCAGCGAGACAUACGAUUACUAUGAUUUACCAUUCUGCCACCCAGACCCAAUAAUUAGAAAGAAAGAAUCCCUCGGGGAAGUUUUGAAUGGUGAUCGCUUGAGCAAUACUUUAUACCAGUUGAAAUUCCGGGAGCACAAAAUUGGUGAGACCUUGUGUCAAAAGAAGCUUACGAUUGAUGAAGUUGCAAAAUUCAAGCAGGCAAUAAUCGAUGAAUUUUACUUCCAGAUGUACCUUGAUGAUCUUCCAUUCUGGGGUUUCAUGGGUAGAGUUGAAGAGGAAAGCUGGACUGUUGGUGGCAAGGGCCCAAAGUAUUACCUUUUUAAACAUGUUCAGUUUGAUGUCCUUUACAAUGGAAAUAAAGUCGUGGAAAUAAAUGCAUUUGGCGAUCCAAGUCUUGCUGUAGAUAUAACUGAAAAUGUUGGUGUUGAUGUUAAGUUCACUUAUUCAGUUAUCUGGAACGCCACUUCUAUACAUUUCGAGAACAGGAUGGACAGAUACUCUAGAACUUCACUGCUGCCUAUUUAUCAAAAGGUUCAUUGGUUCUCAUUUGUCAACUCAAUUGUUAUCAUUUUUCUACUGAUGGGUUUGCUUACAGUGCUUUAUAUGCGGCACCUGAAGAGUGCUUUGAAAAGAUCCUCUACUGUAAAUCAUGAAGACGAUAUAGAGGUUGGUUGGAAGUAUAUUCAUGGAGAUGCAUUUCAACAACCUCCAAACUCACCCUUAUUUUUUGCUGUCCUGGGCACGGGUACCCAAUUGCUAAUCUUGGUUUGUGUAUUACUAUUUCUAGCAUGUAUUGGUACCCUCUAUCCCUACAAUCGUGGAAGACUACUAAACUAUCUUGUCCUGCUGUAUGUUCUUUCUUCUAUUCUUGCUGGCUACUCAGCAUCAUAUUUCUACGCCCAGUUUGCUCAGAAUGGAUGGGAGAAAAGUGUUUUUCUAUCGGGAAUACUGUACACUGGACCAGUGUUUGUUACAGCCUCUAUCCUGAACAUCAUUGCAUUAUCUUAUGGGGCCACCAAUGCACUCCCAUUUGGCGCUAUUGUUGUGAUCCUUAUCUCAUUUAUAUUUCUUGUGAUCCCCUUGCUUGCACUUGGUGGAGUGAUUGGAUAUCGGUUUAGAUCUGAAUUUAAAGUCCCCUAUACUACAAAGAGGCAUCCUAGGGAGAUUCAGUGGCGUGCUUGGUAUAGGAGAACACCCUGUCAAAUGUUUAUUGGGGGUCUUAUACCUUUUUGUGCUGUUGUCCUUCAAUUACACCAGUUGUAUGCAAGUAUGUGGGGCUACAAAAUAUACACUCUUCCUGGCAUGUUGUUUGUCACCUUCAUUACUGUCAUUGUGAUCACUGCACUCGUCAGUAUUGGUUUGACAUACAUUCAAAUAUCUGUUGAAGACCACGGUUGGUGGUGGAGAUCUGUGCUGUGUGGGGGCUCAACGGCCAUUUUCAUGUUCUUGUAUAGCAUCUACUUCUGUAUGAGAUCUAGUAUGAGUGGCUUAAUGCAGCUAUCUUUCUUUAUUGGCUAUAAUGCAUGCAUGUGUUACGCGUUCUUCUUAAUACUGGGUGUAAUCAGUUUCCGAGCUUCGUUACUGUUUGUUUGCCAUAUAGAUCAUGCUGUUAAAAGGGAGUGAAUAUACUCGUAGCCUCUAGGACACUGUCCUGGAAAGAAGCAGAAAAUGAAAUCUACCUGGAUAUGAUAGUGUGUUUCAGCCAUGAAUUUUCAUACAAUGGCACAUCGAUACAGGUUUGUAGAGUGCACUACAACGUACUUUCUUGGCCACAUAACUCAAAGCAUCAGCAGAGAAAGAGACUGCAUAUUUUAAAAGGUUCUGUAAUGACCUCAAAUUUAAGAUGGUCUUUCUCAUGGCCUGAGCUUCUUCGGUUUUUUUUUUUUUUUUUAACCGUGAGGAGGUUUUGAUUGUUAAAUGCUAGAUUGAUAUUUAAAUUAGGUUUCCAGGCUUCUGUUUCCAAAGAUUGUUUAUUUACCUGGCUAACAGGUAGUGCGUUGCAAGAUUCUACCACCGAGAAGACACACACACACACACACUCUCUCUCUCUCUCUCUCUCUCUCUCUCUCACUAUUAGAUGCAUUUUUUCACCUUUUCAUUGUACUGAUAACUGAAUGUUAAGUCAAAGUGUGAAUCUUUAUCCAUUUGAAGGGAAAAAGAAAAUUUAUCCUUUGAAGAGGUAGGACUCCAUAAAAUAAUCCCAUAACGAAA